AUGCAGGUUUCGUAUCCAAACGAUGUAAAAAUAUAUUAUUUAAGUGCUGGGAAAAGUCUUCCAGAGUGGUUAACUGAAAGGAAAAGGAGGAAUUUAGUCAAGAAAAAUGUUGAUAUUCGAAGACGUAUCGAGCUUAUUCAAGAUUUUGACAUGCCAGGUGUUAGCACAUCGAUUAAGUUAUCCAGAGACGGUCAGUAUGUUUUCGCAACUGGAAUAUAUAAGCCCAGAAUGAAAUGUUUUGAUGUAAAUCAAUUAUCAUUAAAAUUUGAAAGAUGCUUUGACUCAGAAGUAGUUACAUUUGAAAUAUUAUCUGAUGACUACAGUAAACUAGUAUUUCUGCAUUGUGAUAGGCAUGUUGAAUUUCAUGCUGCUCAUGGUAAAUAUUAUAGAUUGAGGAUGCCAAGAUUUGGAAGAGAUAUGCAAUAUCAUUAUCCAUCUUGUGAUCUAUUUCUUGUUGGAGCCAGCAAUGAAAUAUACAGACUAAAUCUUGAAAGAGGACAGUUUUUACAACCUUUCAUAUCCGAUAGUUCAGCAAUAAAUAAAUGUACUAUAAAUCCUGUUCAUCAUUUAUUAUUAAUAGGUAAUAAUGAAGGUAAAGUAGAAGCUUGGGAUCCACGAACCAAAAAUAAAGUUGGAAUAUUAGAUUGUGGUUUUAGUUGUAUCAAACAACAUCACAAAAUGGAAACAAUACCAUCAAUUACUUCUUUAAAAUGCGACAGUGGUUUAACCUUAGGAGUAGGGACAAUAACAGGUCAAGUUUUGAUGUAUGAUAUUAGAUCUAAUAAUCCAUUUAUGAUAAAAGAUCAUAUGUAUAAUUUACCAAUAAAAAAUAUUGAAUUCCAUAAAAGUAUGGAUUUAGUAUAUUCUAUGGACAGCUCUGUUGUUAAAAUAUGGGAAAAACAAACUGGUAAAAUAUACACAUCCAUUGAAGCACAGUCAGAUUUUAACGAUUUAUGUAUCAUUCCAAAUACUGGUAUGAUGUUUAUGGCUAAUGAAAAUACAAAAAUACAAUCUUAUUAUAUACCUAGUCUUGGUCCUGCCCCAAAAUGGUGCGCUUUCCUUGAUAACCUCACAGAAGAACUUGAAGAAUUAAAUUAUAAAACAAUUUAUGAUGAUUAUAAAUUUGUAACAGACAAAGAGUUAGACGAAUUGGGUUUAUCACAUUUAAAAGGCACUCCUUUAUUAAGAGCGUAUAUGCAUGGUUUUUUCGUGGAUGUCAGAUUAUAUAAAAAAGCUAGAGAUAUUACGAAACCAUUUGAAUAUGAAGAAUAUAAGAAAAUUAAAAUACUGGAAAAGAUCAAGGAAGAAAGACCUAACAGAGUACAAGUACAAAAACUACCAACAGUUAAUACAAAUUUAGCUUUAAAGUAUAUAGAUAAUGAACUGAUUGAAAAUUCUAAGAAAAAGAAAAAAGCAAUGCCCAAUUUGUUAGAAGAUAAUCGAUUUAAAGCUUUAUUUGUAAAUCCCGACUUUCAAAUUGAUAUUAAUUCUGAAGAAUAUGCUUUACUUAAUCCUGUAAUUUCACAAAUGGAUAAAACAAAAAAACAAGGUAUUAGUAAGGCACGACACAAUGAAAAUAAUAUUAUGGAUAAUCAUAAUACAGAAAAUUUGCACUCUGAAGAUGAAGAUAUGGCUGAUAGUAGUUCAGAAGAUGAAAAACCAUGGGUAAAAGAAGUACAAAAACAAUACAAAUUAGUAAAGGAAAACGAGAAACUAUUCGAAAUAGAAGAAAAAAGAAAUACAAAGAAUCCUGCUAAACAACUUUCAAAUAAAAAAUCAAAAUUUUAUGAAAUAAAAAAUGAUGUUGAUGACAAUACAUACAAAUAUAUGAAAAAACGUAUUAAAACCAGUCUUGGUGAUAGAUUACAAAAAACGGAAUCCAAUGUAAUGAAUGUAUCAGGAUCAAGGGGAAAUAAAGAAAUAACAUUCACUAUGUCAAAAAAAAAGUUUAAUAGAAAAGAAAAUCAAGGUAAAGGUAGACAAGAGUUCAAACAUUUAUUAAGACCUGCAAGAAAUAUAGAAAAAGGUAGAAAAGUGAAAUAUUAAA